GUAAUUUUUUUAACCAAUCGUUAGUAAAUAUAUUUGAGAAAAUAAGAAAAGAGUUAAUUUGAGAUUGCGUGUCCGAUUCUUCUCCCAUGGGCUUGCUGGUGGUUUUGAGGAGAUGAGAUUUAUCUGUGCCCUUCUAGAUUCUUCUACUGUGACUUCUUCGGGGUAGAUUUAAAUCCAAGCCCACCUGCUUAGGGUUGUGAAUGAAUCUUCAAAAUCUUGGGUAUUUUUGGUAGAAAGGGGAGAAAGAUUUGAUUUUGAUCGAAGUUUUAUGUAGUUUUAGCUGAGACUCUGGGGAAUUUGAUCUUGGUCGAGAGGAAUCCUUUAUCUUAGCUGACAAGAAGGCUGAAGAGAAGGGCAGGAAGAAGAUGGAUGAAGCUCUGUUUGAUAGGUAUUGGUGCCACAUGUGCUCACGGAUGGUCAAUCCGGUCAUGGAGGUGGAGAUCAAAUGCCCCCAUUGUAACUGUGGAUUUGUAGAAGAAAUGGAUGGUGGGGAAGACUCGGAUGCCGCAGAUCUGGGCUCCGACCGAGCUCUCUCUUUGUGGGCUCCAAUCUUGCUUGGAAUGAUGAGUGGCAGAUCCCUUCCCCGAAGGCUCCGAAGGGAAGAAGAAGAUGAUGACUCGGAUCAAGAUCGCGACUUGGAAGCCCUCCUCCGAAGGAGGAGGAGGAGGAGCUCGGCCAUCCUUCAGCUGCUCCAAACCCUCCGGGAGACAACCGGAUCAGAGUCUGAUAAUUCCGAGAGCGAGAGGGAGAGGGAGAGUGAUAGAGAAAGGGAGGGGGAUGGUGUGAUCCUGAUCAAUCAUUUCAACCAGGCUAUAAUUCUCCAAGGAUCCUUUGAUACGAGCCAGACUCGGCGCCAAAAUUCGAACGAUAACAGCUUUGGUGCUUCUCUUGGAGACUACUUUCUUGGGCCUGGCCUGGACCUUUUAUUGCAGCAUUUGGCAGAGAAUGAUCCUAACCGAUAUGGAACGCCACCAGCUCGGAAAGAAGCGAUCGAUGCGAUGCCCACCGUAAAAAUUGAGGAAGCCAUGAGCUGCUCCAUCUGUUUGGAGGAUUUUGGAAUAGGCGAAGAGGCCAGGGAGAUGCACUGUAAGCAUAAAUUCCAUAGCGGGUGCAUACUACCAUGGCUGGAACUCCAUAGCUCGUGCCCCGUUUGUAGGUUUCAGAUGCCGGCAGAUGAGUUAAAGGAUUCAAAUGGAUGCGAUAAUAGCAGUAGGGUGGAGGUUGGAGAUAGUGGUAAUGGAGGGAUUUGGAGGAGAUUCUGGCCUUUCAAUGGGCUCUUCUCAUUAUCGGGGUCCCAAAACAGUGCAACUUCUUCUUCGGCACCACCACCAUCAUCCACCUCUGGUAGUAACUCUCAACCUAGUGAGAACUGAAGGUUGUUGUUCUGUGCUUCUCUUCUUCUGCUUCUUUGUGUUUGAUGCUAGCGUGAUGUACAUAAUGUUUCAUUUGCUGAAUCUGGAUCCUGGAAGAAUAAAUCCUGAGCUUCUUUUCUUUUGCUUAUUUAACAUUC